UGUUACAAUUCAGGUGCUGCGACAGGCACGACCCUUUGAUUUAUCAAUCCGAAGAGUCCCCAUCAUUCCCAAGUACACACUCGUCGUACACAUAUGUAUUCUCAUCCACAAUAAGUGCUCCGCAAGCAAGAACAUAAUAGCAUCAAGCCCGUUACUUUCUGUGGUGGACGGCUACCAAGCAUUCGAUUUUUCACCUGCCCAUUAUCCCGUACUGUCCCAGUUCUUUUUGUCGGGUACACGGAAUCCGCCGAAGGACUUCUUUUCUAUCGUUUCUAUCAUUGAAUAUGUGUUAAGUGAACUCGGAAACGUGAAGAGGAUUACGACCCAGCUUCGCCCUACACCCAGCCUUUGGAUACCUUCAGCAGGAAGCGCGGAGACCAAGCAAUCAACCAAUAAGCAUAACGUAAAUUGAGACUGUCGAAAUAAUAAUUUAAAUUCGAACAAAGAGAAGUUGACCAGCUGCGUAAAAUGGAAGACAGUAAUAACGGCAAAAAUAAUGUUGCUUCCAACAUCAAAGAUGAUCCCUCAGUAACGUUGACGAUAAGAUUAAUUAUGCAAGGGAAGGAAGUGGGAAGCAUUAUCGGCAAGAAAGGAGAAAUCGUUAAUCGUUUCCGCGAGGAGUCCGGAGCAAAAAUAAACAUAUCAGAUGGAUCUUGCCCCGAACGUAUAGUGACUGUAUCCGGUACAACCAGCGCUAUAUACUCGGCGUUUUCUUUAAUCACUAAAAAGUUUGAAGAGUGGUGUUCACAGUUCAAUGAUAGCGGGUCAAUGGGAGGAAAAACACAAAUUCCAAUUCGACUCAUAGUGCCAGCAAGUCAGUGUGGUUCUCUGAUAGGGAAGGGUGGAUCAAAAAUUAAGGAAAUUCGCAGUACAACAGGAUGUUCCAUCCAAGUGGCUAGCGAGAUGUUGCCAAAUUCUACAGAAAGAGCAGUAACUUUAAGCGGUUCAGCAGAGCAAAUUACUCAGUGCAUAUAUCAUAUUUGUUGUGUAAUGUUAGAGUCACCACCGAAAGGCGGAACUAUUCCAUAUCGACCGAAACCACCAGUAAGCGGACCAGUGAUUUUAGCAAACGGCCAAGCUUAUACAAUCCAAGGAAAUUACGCUGUUCCGGCACAGGAGGUGGCGAAAAAUCCGUUAGCGAGUUUGGCGGCUCUUGGUUUAGCUGGAAUAGCUCCAACUAAUACUGGAGGACUCAACCCAACAGCUCUGGCAGCAUUGGCUGGAUCACAAUUACGUACGAAUAAUGCAAAUCGCAAUCAGCAACAACAUGAAAUGACGGUGCCCAAUGAUCUUAUUGGGUGUAUUAUUGGUAAGGGUGGUACUAAAAUUGCAGAAAUCCGACAAAUUUCUGGCGCCAUGAUUCGGAUAUCGAAUUGUGAGGAAAGGGAGGGUGGCAACACCGAUCGUACAAUCACAAUUACAGGAAAUCCAGAUUCAGUUGCUCUUGCUCAAUAUUUAAUCAACAUGAGUGUUGAACUCCAGAAGGCCAACCUUCAAGAAGCCAAUAACACAUCCAACGGAACUCAAUCGACAUCAACCAAUUUGUCAGGAUCAACACCGUCAUCUUCCAAUAAUAAUAGUAGUAACAACUCUGCUACUACUAACCCCUUAAUGUCAGCUAUUCCAUUGGCUCAGUUACUUACAAAGCCCGGUGCGUUGAACGCUCUGUCCAGUCUUAGCGCUUUAGGCGGACUAACUGACCUCUUAGGUGGUCUUGCUAACCUCGGACCGCCGGUACAAACUACCGGAGUUCAUCGGUCCAAAAAUUAUCCCAGACUUCGUUCGCCCAAUUCGAACUCUACAAACGAUAAGAAAAGUGAUAGAAACAAAUUCAAUCCUUACUGAGAGUGACAUCUUCAGUUGAGUAACGUAUGUUGAUAUGAUUCAGCAAUAUUAAAACAUGCCUUCAUUUUUCUAUCCACUCCAAUAUCAUCGGGAUCAUUUUAUAGCCGACUCUCAUGAGUUUUUUGGAUUUGUUUAAGUACAUCCUUGCCAUAGCAAUUGGCAAAAAUUCGUUCUCCUUGAAAUUAGUAUUCGAAUUACCCAAGAGGGUAGUUGUUAAAUUAAGUGAAAAAUCCAAAUAUGUAUACAUAAAGUCGAAAUCAUGAUUAUUUUUCCUGAGUUUUCCAUGUUCUAUCUACAUUUUGAAUGUAAUUGAAAAACAUUUUCCAAAUCGAUCGUGCGCUUUAAGUCAAAUAUUUUUAUACACCGCUUUUGAGCGGAAUCCUUAGUGUUGUUUUCUCUUGGUAGUGUCCAUCAUAUUUGUUGUUUGAAUUAACCCUACCGCCCCUAAAGGGCAUAUUUUUGAACUGGAAGUUCUGAGAGAAUCAGAGUUAAAUUGCACGGAACAAAAUAGCAUUGCUCUAAUGCUACAAAUUCUUCUGCUUUAACCAAUACUGACAGUACUUGCAGGAAGGAUUCCUGCGAUUACUCUUUCAUCGGCUUGUGUGUUGGAGAUUAGAGGAUGUAUCUCUUAAUGGCUUAUUGACAGUUGUUGACAUCAGUUACAUAUAUUUGCAAGAGCGACUUGUUUGUGAUCUAAGUGGGAAAAGCUGUGAAAGAGAUGGAUUUUCAUUCACUACUAUUCCGGAUGCUCACAAUUUAGUUAUUAUUAAUAGAAAAUCAGCUGACUUCCUCCCUGAAAAAUGAAACAUGUUCGAAAUCGUGGAUCUCUAUUCUUUACAGACUUUCAGUUCUUCUAUAUCCAUGCGUAGCAGAUGUUGCUUCUUUAUAUGCCCAAUUCCUCUAACCAAAAAAUUCUUCUUAUAUUUUUGUUACGCAUUUGUAUGAUGAUUAUGAGAGAAGAUUACGCAUAGGAUCAGUAUGUGCUUAAUGUAUGAUCUUCAGAACAUAGGCUUAAGUUUUAUAGUGAUUAUAUUUUAUUUAAAUGCUAAGCGACAUAAUUAUUCAUUCAUAUUAUACAACUUGAAAUAAUGUAUCAUGUGUGAAAAAUAUCACCAAAGCAAAUGGGAGAAUAAAAACAUUAACAUAA